GGCGUCUUGGACACGGGGACCGAGCGGUUUCAUGGCCUACUGUUCUGGAUAGCUAGUCUGUGCUCACUGAGCCUUUAUUCAACUGCAUGAACGUCCGAAAUGUUGGGGUGCUAGUGGAAUCACGAAGUGGAUGACCCCCCACCCCCCGUAAUCAGCCUGCGGAGCUGGAAAAGAGAUAGCUGCCUUAAGCCCUAGUCUCAGAAAUGACAUCUCCUCUGUACAGUGGUUCUAAUCUGAACUCAGGGCUACCACAUCGCCUGCAGGCUUCAGUCACUUGUGUGGACAAGAAGAUCUUACAGAAGAAAUGGUAAUUCUCCACUCGUUUCCUGAGGUGUCCGGUUGUGCCUAUGGAGAUCCAGUUCAGCUGUGACUCUCAAGAGCGUCACCCUCUGUGAGAUGGUGAGACCAAGAUCAAGAUUGGAGAGCCAGCUUCAGAGGAGGAAAAUGACAGGAAACACUGAAGAACCUGGCAGCCUCAAGGAGGAUGUUCUCCCGAAUUCCAGAGGCAAAGAAUUCCGUGAAUUGGGGGACGAAUUGAAUGAAAAGCCCCGCUUAAGAAGAAGACAGUAUACCUGUGAUGAAUGUGGCCAGCACUUUGCUUGGAAAACGGGUCUCGUUAGACACCAAAAAACUCACUGGGACAGACCACACGAAUGCGAUGAAUGUGGAAAGGGCUUUCGUUCGCGCUCAGCCCUGGCUCUACAUCAGAGAAUUCAUACUGGAGAGAAACCCUAUCCAUGCAAUUGGUGUAUUAAAAGCUUUAGUCGGAGCUCAGACCUUGUCAAACAUCAAAGAGUCCACACUGGGGAAAAGCCUUACAAAUGUAAGGAGUGUGGGAAGGCCUUCAGCCAGAGCUCGGAUCUCAUCAUACACCAGAGAAUCCACACAGGAGAAAAACCCUACCCGUGCGGUCAUUGUAGCAAAAGCUUUAGCCAGCACUCAGACAUGGUCAAACAUCAGAGGAUCCACACUGGAGAGAAGCCUUAUAUGUGUAGCCAGUGUUAUAAACAUUUCAGCCAGAGCUCUGAUCUUAUAAAACAUCAGCGAACCCACACUGGGGAGAAACCAUAUAAGUGUAAAGCUUGUAAGAAGGCCUUUAGUCAGAGCUCCGAUCUUAUUCUCCAUCAGCGAAUCCACUCUGGGGAGAAACCAUAUUCAUGUAAUCAGUGUAGCAAACGUUUCAGUCAGAACUCAGACCUUAUUAAACACAGAAGGAUUCACACUGGAGAGAAGCCAUAUAAAUGUAACGAAUGUGGAAAGGCUUUUAAUCAGAGCUCGGUCCUUAUUCUGCAUCAGAGAAUUCAUACCGGAGAGAAACCCUACCUAUGUAACCAGUGUACCAAAACCUUCAGUAGGUUUUCAGAUCUCCUUAACCAUCAGCGAAUUCACACUGGAGAGAAGCCGUACCCGUGUGGUCAGUGCAGUAAAACGUUCAGUAGGAGGUCGGAUCUUAUUAAACAUCAUAGAGUCCACACUGGGGAGAAGCCCUAUGAAUGUAAGUGUGGGAAGGCCUUCAGUCAGAGCUCCAACCUUGUUCUCCACCAGAGAAUCCACACCGGGGAAAAACCCUAUCCCUGCAGUGACUGUGCCAAGAGUUUCAGUCGCCGUUCAGACCUCGUAAAGCAUCAAAGAACACAUACUGGCGAGAAACCAUAUACAUGCGAUCUGUGCGAUAAAAGCUUCAGUCAAAGCACAGACCUCACGAAACAUCGGAGAAUGCAUUCGGGUGAAAAGUCCUACCACUGUGAUAGUUGCGGCAAAGCCUUUAGUCAGAGUUCUGACCUCAUCCUUCACCGUAGAAUAUACACAAGAAAAAAACCCUCUGAGUGCUCGCUGUGCACCCGAUGUUUCCGUCAGAAUUCAGGCCGUAUCAAACACCGGAGAAGCCACACUGAAGAGAAACCCUACCCAUGUGCUAAGUGCGGCAGAAGCUUUAGUAGGAGCGUUGAUCUCUUUAACCAUCAGAGAAUACACGUUGGAGAAAAACCGCAAAAAUAAUACCCUUGGGAAAUUGCUGGGAAUGACCCUUCUGUACACUGAGUAUGUGUACUCUCAAGACAGGCCGGUAGCCAGACCGGAAGUUAGGCGGGAAAGUCAACCAGAAUGAUGGGAAGAGCGGGGGUGGAGUCAGGCAGACGUCCUAGCUGCCUAGGAAGUAAGACAUGCUAGAGGACAGGUAAAGCCGUGAGCGAUGUGGCAAUACAUAGAUUAAUAGUAAUGGGUUAAUUUAAGUGUAAGAGCUAGUAGCAAGCCUGAGCUUUCGGCCAAGCAUUUAUAAUUCAUAUUCAGCCUCUGAGUCGGUUAUUUAGGACCCAGGAGUUGGGACAGGAAACAUCUGUUUACAGGAAACCUUUCGGAACUGUGACCAGUGUCACUGAAUAUCAAAGGAUGCACAUAGAAGGGAAACCACCCUCAGUUCGGGUUAGCAGACAGACGUUUUAACAAACCUGAUCAUGGUAACUUUAAGAAAACCCAUUCUAGCCAGGUGGUGAUGGCGCAUGCCUUUAACUUCAGCCUUCAGGAGGCAAAGGCAGGCAGAUCUACAUAGCGAACUUCAGGACAGCAAGGGCUACACAGAGAAACCCUGCCUUGGAUGGAAAAAGAAGAAGUAGGAAGGAAGAAAAAGAAGGGAGGAAGGAAGAAAAAGAUUCUUCCUAAGGAGGAAGAAUUGCAUGAAUGUGACAGCUAUGGGAAAGUCUGGUGCACAGAUUAUGAUCCCACACGUGAAAAAGGUUUUAAUCAAUGUCCAGCCCAUGCUCCAUUUAAAAAAUAGAAAUUCUUACCCUUUAUAUAAUCUAAGAAAAUCUCUUACAAUUCACAGCAAUAUCAUUAUAAAAUAUAAGACAUUAAUGUGGAACUUACCAUAUUUAAAACUAAAUGUGGAAAGUCUCAAUCAAAAUUAUGAGGAAAAUAUAUUCAUCUUAGAAUCUCAAACCUUUAUUUUUUUAUAUAUAUAUAUAUUUUUUGAUUUUUCGAGACAGGGUUUCUCCGUAGCUUUUGGUUCCUGUCCUGGAGCUAACUCUUGUAGACCAGGCUGGCCUCGAACUCACAGAGAUCCGCCUGCCUCUGCCUCCCGAGUGCUGGGAUUAAAGGCGUACGCCACCACCGCCGGCUAACUCAAACCUUUAUUGAGUCUAAAUUACCAAGUGCAUAUCAGAAAUUACUUCAGAGAAUGCAAGGAAACCUUAAAUCCUGUGAUUAAAGUGUUAUUAAUGCUGACGUCACACAUAUCCUCUAGAGAUGGAGAGUUGGGUCCUAUGAGUAUAAACUGAGUAUAAAUUCCAUGCCACUUUGUCUCCGUGAUUUGUUGGUAUUGGUCUAGUUUUGGUUUCCUCGUGAGCAUGAAUCCCUAUGGUGCACAGAGCACGGCUAGUUUAAUUUUCAAUAAUGCAGACCGAUAUUGAACAAAAUGGAGCUGUGGUAUUGUGGUCCUGUAAAUACUGUAGUUCCAUGAUAUCCAUGGGGGCUAUGCCCAUAAGGCAUAGAACUUCACCAGUCAGCUGACAGUCUUGCUAAGUCCAGAUAGACUGUGAAUAGGAAAAGUACAUGACCCUUUGUAUUAGUGAUAGAGGUUCUCAGUUCCUAACUAACAGUUCCAAACUUUGUGUGCCAGUGACUCAAAUCCUACCUAGUGUUAGUGUCUUUGCUGCUCUUCUUCCAGCCAGAACCAUCAGCUACCAGAAGUUCUUGCAAUUUUUCCGAGAGAUGGAGCUAGCUGGUCCCAGCACUGGUUACCAGCCAUUCUCAGUGGUAACAGUUCUAAGGAAACCAGCCAGUGUAUACUCCCCUGAAAUCAUAAAUAUGCAAAACCAUCCUGAAGAGAUGCUAUUGGUACUGGUGCUGCAGCAAUGCAUGGGCUGACAAGAUGGAAUGAGAGAAGGGCAGAUUAUAGAGGCAAAAGAAAUAGACACAUGUGUGUUUGUGGUGUCCUGCUGAUGAACUGCAGACUUUAUGCAACUUUAGGUUGUGAGCAGGAGAAGGGUCUGGUGUGGGACAAUUGUAUUCUGUCAAUUAUGUUUUAAAUAAACACUGAUUGGCCAGUAGCCAGGCAGGCAGUAUAGGUGGGACAACCAGACAGGAAGUAGAGGCGGGUCAAAGAGAACAGGAGAAUUCUGGGAAGGAGAAAACCCAUUCCUCCCGAGUUCUGUGCAGACACUGAAGAAGCAGGAUGUGACCUGCCCCGUUGAAAAAGGUACCGAGCCAUGUGGCUAACAUAGAUAAGAAUAAUGGGCUAAUAUAAGUAAUAAGAGCUAAUAAGAAGCCUGAGCUAAUGGGCCAAUCAGUUUAUAUCUAUGUAGACUCUGUGUGAUUUUCUUUGGUACCUAAAGACUGUGGGAACCGAGCAGGACAGAAAUCCCAACAAGCAGGCCCUCAUGUUACAAGGGUCCUUUAUGGUUAUGGAGACAAUUGAAGCAUCAGCUGGUACCAACCAGCUACAUAGCUAGAGUGUGUAGUCCCUCGCUGUGGUUGCUGUGCACUUUGGAAGAUUUGACCCUCUGUAUCACGUAAACAGUACUGCAUUCUUAACACCAUUUCCUGAUUUAAGCACUCACUGUGCACCAAGUCUACAACUUGCAUUUUGAGAUGUUAGACUAAUAAUAAAAUUUCCCUUCACAAUUUCACAAGAUUCAUUCUUACUGGAACAUCGUCAGGUCUUUUUUCUUCCCUUAAAUGAAAACCUUCCACUUUUUCACUUACAGCUGAUAAAACUGUCUUCUCUUCAGCUUCUCUAAUUGCCAGCACCACUUCAUCCUGGGGCCAUCGUUCAGUGAAGUAAGGAUUACUUGAACUUAAGCAAUGAGAGUAUGGAGACGGAAUCUGAUGGCCCAGAUGGCUACCAGUGACUAAUGGAGAAAAUAAUACAUGGGAAAUUGGCAUCCUAGACAAGGCAGUGAUUCACAUUCUGGAGGGUGUGCAAAGGGGUUCAGGGUUUCACUUCUGAAUGCACUGAGAGACUAUGGGAGGUUCCAGGCAAAGGAGCAACAUGAUGGCGAGGACUAAUGUGGAAAACAAAGACCAUUUAGUUUCUUAAAUGCUUCUUUAUAGUCUGAGGGCUUUUGUUAUUUGAAACAGGGUGUAUGCAGAGCA